UCUCCCUCAUCACCCUCUUCCUUUCUCCAGGAUAGCAAGCAGCAAGAUGAAGCUACUGGGUUGGAUGCACCGGAAGUUCCGGCAGAACAGCGGCGAUGUGUUCAAGGACUAUGGAGGCGGUGGCACGUGUAAUUGCCUCUCCGGACGUCCCUCAUUGGACGAGGAUCUCCAUGGCGGCCGCCGCCAAUACGAACCCUUUAGGGCAAGGAGCCUCCGCCUGGGGGUGGAGGAACUCACUGACGGCGGCAGAGGUGGCGGCGGGGAUCCAGCGAUAGAGGAGCUGCUCGGGGGGCUCCUCACCAUCGGAACACUUGGAAUGGGAUCGGGGACGAUCGAGGAGAAGGCUGGGGAGGAGGAAGAGGAGAACGCAGUGGCGAGCGAGGAGGAUGACAAGCCCUUGGCAGUGGCGGUAGAGGAGCUCGUCGUUACUCCGGCAACGCUGGAGGCGAUCGCGGAGAAGGAGGAGGAGGCGACGACAGAGACGGACCUGAUGGUGGUAGGUACGGAACUGGAGAAGGUUCUGGCGGCCGAGGCGGAGAAGGGUGACGGUCGGAUGUCUUCCGCCCGUUCCAGCUAUGCCGGGUCGGCGGCGUGCCCGCUGCAGGGUUUCCUGUUCGGGUCGCCGAUCGAGGUAGCGGAGACUAUGGCAACGGGCGCGCGGAAGGAGCGACGGGCCUCGCUAGGGGAACUGUUCAUGAUGAGCCGGAUCGUGGAGGAGGGAAGCGGCGGUGGAAAGGCUGAGGAGGGAAAGCUCGCCGGAGACGUCAGCGACGAUAGGGAGAGGAAGCCGACGGUUGAUAUUUGCCUGAUGAGGAAGAAGAUGACGAAGCGUCGUGGGGGCAUGGGAUCUGACGGUGGAAGUCCAUCAAAUGUUUCAACGGUGGAGAAGAAGUUCCAAAAGAUCCUUCAGAUCUUUCACAGAAAAGUUCACCCCGAGAGCAGCCUCAUGGCCAAGAAAGCUUCCAAGACAGGCAAGUUUGAGAAGAACGACUACGUUUCUCUUGCCGGGGGCAUUGAUCCCACUGGCACCGGUGGCCGCAGGAUGACCACCGUGAAAGGAGCAUGCAGAAAAGAGAGCAUUCCAAACCCUCCGUCCUAUGCUUUGGGAGGUAGUGACUCCAAUAGCGGCCGGGAGCACUGGAUCAAGACAGAUGCCGACUAUCUGGUGCUGGAGCUGUAGAAGGACUCUUCUGUAAGUUCUUCACCGGUCCAUAAAAGUGAAGCUCAGAGAGUCUUUGUCGAUUCAAUCUAUAAAGAGUUGCUUUGGGAAGUCUUAUCAAAGAAUAACUUAUAAUGAUGUGGUGUCUUCUUAUGAGACCAAUAAAUACUGAAGCAGUAGCCUAUGUGAAAGAUGUAUAUGCUUGUGAAUGCUCCUAUUCCGGUAGACAUGGCAUCUAUAUAUAGCUCCUUAUUUGUACUG